AUGGCAGAUCCGCUCCUCUACAUCAACGCAGCCUUCCUGGCUUAUUUCAGCUGUGCCAGCCUGUCCUGGGCAGAUGCAGACAGCCCCUCCGCCCCGGUCAACGUCACGGUCAAGCUCCUGAAGGCCAACUCAGCGGUUGUGACCUGGGAUGUUUUGGAAGAGGAAGUGGUCAUCGGCUUCGCAAUUUCGCAGCAGAAGAAGGACGUACGAAUGCUGCGUUUCAUCCAGGAAGUGAACACCACCACCCGCUCGUGCUCCCUCUGGGACCUGGAGGAAGACACCGAGUACAUCGUGCAUGUCCAGUCCAUUAGCAUCCAAGGCCAGAGUCCAGCCAGCGAGCCAGUCCACUUCAAGACCCUGCGAGAAGCAGAGAAAUUGGCUUCAAAGAACAAAGAUGAAGUAACGAUGAAGGAAAUGGGAGACAAAAAUCAACAGCUGCGAGCCGGCGAAAUCCUGAUUAUCGUGGUCGUCUUGUUCAUGUGGGCAGGGGUGAUUGCCCUGUUCUGCAGGCAGUAUGACAUCAUCAAAGACAACGAACCAAACAACAAUAAGGAGAAAGCCAAGAACACAUCAGAAAACAGCACCCCAGAACAUCAGAGUGGGGGUCUCCUGCGUAGUAAGUUUCCAAAAAACAAGCCCUCGGUGAACAUCAUUGAAGCAUGA